AUGUUUCGCAACCGAUCCUCACAAGCAAAGCCCAACGAAGAGCUGCUGGAGACAUUCAAGGCCUCGUUCCCUCACCUUGCCCAGCGCUCGCACUCGGUCGCCGGCUUGCCAGGCCACUCCCUCACGGACGCGCUCGAUGUAGCUCACCCCACCCGACACGGCGACGCUGAAGACAUCAAAGACCAGGACCCAACGCCGCGCGGAAACAACGAGCCAUGGAGGUUCACGCCCUCGCUGCUCGACCCAAACAGCUUUGCCUUUACUUCCUUUGCAAACCAGCCUCCUGGUUACUACACACCCACGCCCGGCGGCACCAACACGCUAUACCACAACCAAGCCGGAGACCUGCACACGCCCGGCUUUAGCUUUGGUCUCGGCACCCCUCUCUCUCUCCCCACCUCCGAAGGCGCCCUCCAUGCUGGCCAGAAUGCGCCCAAUCCUCACCUCCAAGGCUUCAAUCCUCAUGCUCUAAGCACCCAUCACCACUUUCAAAACACCAAUCCAUUCGGCCUCCCCCAGCAGCACCCUCAGUCGUUCGCGCCGCACCAGUUCACUCACCAGCCAUCUGCCUUCGACCAUGCACCCCUCCCUCAGGCCCACGAGGACUCUCCCAUGGAGAACGUCAUUCCAGAAGUUGAGAUGCAAUCUCCUCUCAUCGGUUUCGCUCCCCAGCCUUACCGGGACAACCUAGCGGGUGCGGUGGCUCCGGUGGUGCCGGUGGUGCAACCAAACCAAAACUUCCGUUACCACGUCACGCUGAAUGCGCCAACUGCCAUGGUAAAGCAGUCGGAUGAAGUCCCAGUGACCUACCUCAACAAGGGCCAGGCAUACUCCAUUUCAUUGGUCGACACAUUACCUGGCCAAGCACCAUCAUCCACGCUCAGGUACCGGACUUUUAUUCGCAUCUCCUUCGAAGAUGAGCAGCAGCGUCAGCGUCCCGCUUCUUGCUGGCAGCUUUGGAAGGAAGGCCGCGGUACCAAUGAGGCGCAUCAAAGGGGUGGCCGCCUCCAGGCCGUCGAGUUCGUGGACCCAAGUCAAGUCGGAGGCGGUGAAGUCCAAGGACGGCCAAGAGUCGAGCUCGAGUCGUCUUCCUUUGAUGGCUUUGUUGUGACCUGGACACCUGCGCCCAACGCUGCACCCGAGUGCUCCUUGGCGGUCCGCUUCAACUUCCUCUCUACUGACUUUAGCCACUCCAAGGGUGUCAAGGGCAUCCCAGUCCGCUUAUGUGCCAAAACGGAGCUCCUUUCGGAAGUGACUGGAUCACCCUCAGAGAAGCUAGCCACUGAGCUAUGCUAUUGCAAAGUCAAGCUCUUCCGAGAUCACGGCGCUGAGCGCAAACUUUCAAAUGAUGUUGCACACGUCAAGAAGACGAUCGACAAACUAAAGCAGCAAAUUGCGCAAGUCGAGUCUGGCAUGAAAGAUUUUGGAAAGCGCAAGCGCAGUGGAGAUGACAAGAGCAGCAGCUCCAGACCUGGAAAGCUCCAGAAGCACAAGAGGACUUGGUCGAUGUCUUCCGCAAGCUCCAAUCAGGGCACUCGUCCAGCUGCUGAAGAGGACUUGCACAUCAAGCUGGCAUCUCUGCAGGACAUGUUCAGUUCCACGAGACCCGUGAGCGUGUUGUACCUGCAAGGAGAAGAGCAGGACGACCCAGACCUUCACCCAGUUCAGCUCUCCUCCACUCCCCAAGAACUCUCCAAAAUUGACACCAACGUGGAUUCUCAAAUGUGGGAGGGGCCAAGCUCGCAAACAGGCAACUCUUCCAUGGUAUCACCAACACCAAGCUCGCAAUCACUGCAGUCCGAGAAGCGCCAGGCCUCUUCGUUUCAGCGCCCGCACCCCUAUGGUCCGCCAUCGCGCAUGACCUCAGGCGAAUGGAGAAGUUUUCCACAGACCGCUACAGGAGAUUUGAAAGGAACGCUUGCAACCCAGGGCGGCUGCGAUGUACCGACAAAGGUUCAGAGACCAUACUCUGACGAACAUGCCCUUUCUGGAUGGAUUGAAGCUCUGGGUGUCGAUCAGACCUACCAGCCACCGCCUGAGCCUAUGCUGAAGCCAGUUGCGUGCUUUUUCGUGCAACCAAGGAUCGCUGGCAAACAACCGGACGACAACUACUUCCGCGCUGUUUAUGUCAUGGAGCGCUCUGUAAAAGCACUCGUCAGCAACAUUGCGAUGAAGAUCAACAUUGAGCCGACCAAAGUCACGCGUACUAUUCGAGUCAACCAAAAAGGCCUACGCAUACUAAUGGAUGACGAAGCGGUCAAUGCGAUACCCGAACAGCAAGACAUGGCGGCCGAGUUCCACGAGAUCGGUACGCCACCUAUUCAGCCCAUAAAGCGAGAUUGGGAUGCUGGCCCUACGGACAUUCAGGUCGACGGUGACAUUCCAGUCGUUGAAGCUGUACAUUCGACCGGCUACGAGCUCCGUCUCCUUUUCUGA